CGAGUGCCGUGCCACUGCCAAUUCCCGUUGCCACCGCGGGGUUUAACAACUCGUCCUCCCCUUAUCCCCUCCCUCCUCUCCAUCCCCAUUCCCAAAUUCCUCCGAUUCCCGCGGGCUCGCAGAUCCAGGCAGCCUCCCUCCGCCGAACCACCACCCGAUGAGCCACCGGCGAGUGGAGGCAUGCGACUCCUGGCGCCCGCCGCCCGUGCCUGGGCACGCGCCUGCUCUCCUCCUCCGCGCGGGUAACCCCUGGGGCCGCUCCUACCCACCCUGCGCCUUCGCGUCCCUCUCCGUCCGUGAGGGCGGGGCGGCCGCCGUCAAGGCGGAGGAUGUGGAAGAGGAGAAGGAGAGAACGCUGGCUCAGGUGGCAGCCGAGGUCUCUGGGACGAAGGGCAAGAUGCCGCCGGUGGCGCAGCUGCUGAAGCACCCCCUGGCGCUGCUGGCGCUGGUGCCCAGCAGCGUCGCGCUCUUCGCGGCCGGCGCCGGGGCGGGCGCCGUCGCCAAGACGGUCACCGCGCCGCUCGACCGCGUCAAGCUCCUCAUGCAGACACAUAGCGUGCGGAUGGCGGGUGAGAGCACCAAGGGAAUUGGAUUCGUGCAGGCUAUGGCAGAGAUAGGGAAGGAGGAAGGUAUAAAGGGUUACUGGAAGGGCAAUCUUCCACAGGUUAUCCGCAUAAUUCCAUACAGUGCAGUACAACUUUUCUCAUAUGAAGUUUACAAGAAAGUAUUCCGGAGAAAGGAUGGAGAGCUUACUGUAUUUGGGAGACUUGCGGCUGGGGCUUGUGCGGGCAUGACUUCUACACUUGUGACUUACCCACUGGAUGUCCUCCGGCUUAGGCUAGCAGUUCAAUCUGGACAUAGCACUAUGUCACAGGUUGCUCUGAACAUGCUGAGAGAAGAAGGGCUAGCUUCCUUCUAUGGGGGCCUUGGUCCAUCUCUUAUAGGAAUUGCACCUUACAUCGCUGUAAACUUCUGUGUUUUUGACCUAAUGAAGAAAUCCGUACCGGAGAAGUACAAGAGUAGACCAGAGACUUCUCUAGCAACUGCUCUUCUUUCAGCAACAUUUGCAACUUUGAUGUGCUAUCCGUUGGACACUGUUAGGAGGCAGAUGCAAAUGAAAGGCACACCGUACAAUACAAUUUUCGAUGCCAUUCCAGGCAUUGUGGAGCGUGACGGUCUAGUUGGGCUAUACAGAGGUUUUGUGCCAAACGCGUUGAAAAAUCUACCAAAUAGCAGCAUUAAACUCACCGCAUUCGACACAAUGAAGAUCCUGAUAUCUACUGGGCAAAAGGAACUGGAAAAAAUAAUGCAAGAAAAUCAGGAGAAAACAAGCUAGGAAAAUAGCCUUGCACAACCUUAAGGCACGGGGAGCUGGCAUGCUACCCCUUUUUACAUGCUCCAAUUUUCGAUGAAUCUCACUUUCCCAGGCCAUAUUAUAGAGUUUAGAUAGGCACAUAUUUGAUGUUCCCUUACAAGUUGGUCCUAACUUACAGUGGUUUUUGUACACCUUGCUGCCUGCUGAAGAUCGAGGCAUUAGAAUCAAGCAGGGCAAUUAGUUGCUGAUCUUAGUGGCGGCGUGGCUUUAGCUAGGCGUUAGUACAAGCAUUCACCUUACCUGAUAUUUAUUCUUGUCGAAACAUAGAUUGACCUCAUAAGCUCUCCAGAAAGUUUAUCCCUAUGUUUUGUAGACAGAUCUAUGAAAUACAAUGGAGAGCUUGGAUACUGUCCUCUAACAGGUA